AUGUCAAACUGCACCACGGUGAUGGAAUUCUUCCUGCUGGGGUUCUCGGCGGUCCAGAAGCUGCAGCUGGUCCAUGCAACGCUGUUUCCCCUGCUCUACCUAGCGGCCCUGAUGAGGAAUCUCCUCCUCGAUGCCAUCACCACCCUAGAUCGAUCCGUAUCUUUCCUGGGCUGUGUCCUUCAGGUGUUUUUCUUUAUCUCAUUUGCAUCGUCAGAGAGCACCCUCCUUACGGCGUUGUCACAUGACCACUAUGUGGCCAUCUGCUGCCCCCUGCACUACGAGGUCAUCAGGAACCCAAGGGCUUGUUGGAAGAUAGCCGCCACCUCCUGGCUCAGCGGAGGCCUCUCUGGCAUCAUGCACUCGGCCACAAUCUCCUUUCUACCUUUCUGGGGAAGUAUUGUCGUCCGCCAGUUCUUCUAUGAAAUUCCCCAGCACAUGAGACUCUCUGGCUCUGAGGACAUGCUGCAGGAAGUGGGGGUCUGCACAUUCCUUACCCUGUUGUCUUUAAUCUGCUUUACGUUCAUUGGCAUCUCUUACGUUCAUCCUUUCUGGGCCGUGCUGAAUAUGCUAUCAGUCGAGGGCCGGGUCAAAGCCUUCUCCACCUGCCUGCCUCACCUUGUCGUCGUCAUCAUAUUUCUCUCCAUGAGCAGCUUUGAGUAUCUGAAGCCUCCUUCAAAUUUUCCCUCGACGCUGGACCUGCUGGUGAAUCCGGAACCAGUAAGCUUCCGCGGGGCCCGCGAGGGAUGCGGGUGCAGGAUGAAGGCCUCGGGCACCGAAAGUGGGCCGGCCGGCCGCUCGGUCGGGGGUCGGAGCGGUUUUGGGGGCGCCCCCUCACCCCCAGUCGGGGGGCUCCUCCUUGGUCCUCCUCCUGCCUCCCCAUUGGGGGCCCGGGUCCCUCCUUCGGGGGUCUAG